UAUAAAUUUUAAUUGAAUAAAAAAAAAUAAAAAUCACGAACUCCUUUUAAUUAUUUUAAACAACCGUACCAAACUUUUAACAUUCUCUUAAUGUUACUCUUUAAUUCUUUUUCUUUCCCUUCUUGUUUUCUCGCCAUCCAAACACUCGUUUAGACUAUUUCUCUAGGGUUUAUCCGAUCGUGCGCGCCAUGGACUCCGAGGACGACGAUUUCUACAGCGGCGAGGCAAUGGAUGACGAGAACGACUACUACAACACCGACGACGCCGCUUACGCAGACGGAUACGAUGAUGAGGAUGAGGACGACGACGAUGAUGAUUACGAGUUCAUGGAGGAGGUCGAUGAGGAAUACGUCAGUCGUCAGCAGCAAAGUUACACAGUCUUAAAAGAAGAGGAUAUACAACAACGUCAGGAGGAUGACAUUACAAGAGUUUCCAUUGUCCUUUCAAUAUCAAGGGUAGAUGCUAGUAUCUUACUCCGUCAAUAUAAUUGGAGUGUUAGUAGGGUGCAUGAUGCGUGGUUUGCUGAUGAAGAUGGAGUGCGAAAAUCAGUUGGCUUGUUGGACAAACCAGUUUUUCAAUUUUCCAAUGCUAAAGAACUAACUUGUGGGAUUUGUUUUGAGCCCUAUACUCGUGACAAAGUCAUGUCAGCUGCUUGUGGUCAUCCCUUUUGUUGUACAUGCUGGAAAGGUUAUAUUAGUGCAACGGUUAAUGAUGGUCCUGGAUGUUUGAUGUUGAGAUGCCCUGAUCCAUCUUGCCGAGCUGCUGUUGGUCAAGACAUGAUCAACAUGUUGGCUUCUGCUGAUGAUAAGGAGAAGUAUACUCGUUACCUUCGUAGAUCUUACGUUGAAGACAACAGGAAGACCAAGUGGUGUCCUGCUCCAGGGUGUGACUAUGCUAUUGAUUUUGCUGCUGGAGGUGGAACUUUUGAUGUUUCUUGCUUAUGCUCUCAUAGUUUUUGCUGGAAUUGCACUGAAGAAGCUCAUCGUCCAGUUGACUGUGGCACUGUGUCGAAGUGGAUCCUGAAGAACUGUGCCGAGUCUGAGAACAUGAACUGGAUACUAGCCAAUUCUAAGCCCUGUCCAAAGUGUAAGCGACCAAUUGAAAAAAAUCAAGGGUGCAUGCACAUGACAUGCUCACCACCUUGUAAAUUUGAAUUCUGUUGGCUCUGCCUUGGUGCAUGGUCAGACCAUGGUGAAAGGACUGGUGGUUUCUAUGCUUGUAACCGUUAUGAGUCAGCUAAGCAACAGGGAGAUUAUGAUGAGACUGAGAGGAGAAGAGAGAUGGCAAAGAAUUCUCUGGAGAAAUACACUCAUUAUUAUGAACGGUGGGCGAGCAAUCAAUCAUCGAGGCAAAAAGCUCUAGCGGAUUUACAUCAAAUGCAGACUGUGCAUCUUGAGAAGCUGAGUGACACCCAAUGCACACCUGAAUCACAGCUGAAGUUCAUCAUUGAGGCCUGGCUUCAGAUAGUCGAAUGUCGAAGAGUUCUGAAAUGGACCUAUGCAUAUGGAUAUUAUCUACCUGAGCAUGAGCAUGCUAAGAGACAGUUUUUUGAGUACUUGCAAGGUGAGGCGGAAUCAGGUUUGGAAAGGCUUCAUCAAUGUGCGGAGAAGGAACUACAACAAUUCCUCAAUGAUGAUAGCCCAUCAAAAGAGUUUAAUGACUUCCGUACAAAGUUAGCCGGGCUGACCAGUGUGACUAAAAAUUACUUUGAGAACCUGGUCAGAGCCCUAGAGAAUGGCCUAGCAGAUGUCGACUCCCACGCAGCUUGCAGCAAGGCAGGUAUCUCAAAACCUCCACCGGCUAGCAAAGGUAAAAGUGGGAGAGGAAAAGGGAGUGGUAGAAGCAGUGGUUCUCACGAUGCGGGUAGAUAAUCUUAUAUCUGUUAUACCUUCAACAUACCCAGUUGUGUCAGCAGUUGUUUAGAACAUCCCAUCUUGCGUGCUCUACUCGGAAAGAAACCUUUCCGGCGAUUCUCUAGUUAGGGAAUUCUUGGUGUAGGUAAUGGUGGCUCCAUCGUUUGUUGUGUAUCUUUUUUCUUGGGUUUGAUCUCUUCCUUCUUUCCGGAGGCUGUUUAACAUGUAGAAGUAUGUAGGCAUGAACGGAGUGAAGAAAAUGAGCCUCUUUUUCUAUUCAAUCGUGUGUUGGAGAGCACCAUAAUCUGUGAUUUCUCAUGUAUAUAUAUCUACAUAAUGAGCUUCAGCAAGUUGUGUUAAUAUAUUAUAUAUUU